UCCUACCUCGGCAGAACUACGGAGGCAGUCUCAGUGCUCUCAACACAAACACAGAAAGCAACGCCGUGACCAAUAAGAUACAGUGUAUGACUCAGUUAUGUACGCCUCCACGAAUCUCCAGGACCUUAUCGAUGGGAAGGAACCUGUCGUAUAUCGCCAACGAGAAGCGUCACAUAGAGUUGAUAGAGCUGGAGAACGAUGGGAAGGGGCUGGGCUUCGGCAUUGUAGGGGGUCGAUCCUCUGGAGUCCUGGUCAAAACCAUCCUACCAAGUGGCCCUGCUGGACUGGACAAGCGUCUGCGUAGCGGAGACCACAUCCUGCGUAUCGAGGACACAGACCUGGCGGGCAUGGGCAACGAGGAAGUGGCUCACGUUCUCCGCAACGCAGGGUCAAGGGUCAAACUGCUGAUUGCUAGGGACGUCGCGGUCUCCACGGGAACCAACGACCUAUCCCUCUCCUCUCCCCCGCUCCCUCUCCUCGCCCAGCAACAACAGAGGGUGGCCAGGAUGGGCAAACAGCUGUGUGAUGUGGAGGAGGACUUUGAGUACAGUGUCCAGUUCAGCAAGAACAACAGGGGCCUGGGAUUCACUGUCACCAGCUCCAUAGGGGAGCAGAACUCUGGGGUGCAGGUGAAGAGCAUUGUGAAGGGCAGCUCUGUGGACCAAGCCAGUCAGAUACACAUCGGAGACAAGAUCUUAGCUGUGGAUGGUGUCAGCCUGCAGGGCUGCAGUGAGCAGAGAGCCCUGGAGGUCCUCAGGAAGACAGGCCAGAUAGUCAGACUGAGGCUGAUGAGGAGGGCCUGUAGGAUGGGUAAAACCAUGAAGUAUCCCCCUCCUCCCCUGGAACCCUACGUCGUCACCCGUACAGAGACAGGGAAACAUGACAAGACAGACCAGACUGGUGUCAUCAACAGAGGAAAACAAAUGUCUCUGCGUGAGAUGUCCAGAAGAGCCAGUAUGAUGUACUCUGAACAACGACUAGACGCCAGAACCGGAGUGAAGCUGACGGCAGCAGAGGAAGAGGAGUUGAAGAACAGGUGGCAGGCGGCUCUGGGACCCAGAUAUCAAGUGGUUGUAUGUCAGCUGGAGAGGUUCAGUGAGACCAGUGGUCUUGGCAUCAGCACAGAGGCCAGGGCAGGACACCACUACCUGUGCUCCGUCUUACCUGAGGGGCCCGUCGGACAGAGCAGGAAGAUACACCCUGGAGACCAGAUACUGGAGGCGAAUGGUAUCCCUCUGAUAGGAGAGACUCACAGAGAGGUGAUCAGCGUUCUGAGAGAGCUGCCUCUGUGUGUCUGUAUGGUGUGUUGCCGCGUCGUGCACCCACAGCUACGGGACAGUGACCACGACGAUGAUGAUGAUGAAGAUGUACAGCUCCCCCUCAAAGAGCUACUGGCUGAGUUCAACGGCAAGUCCCAGUAUGACCAGCCCUGCUGUCUACUUCCUGGUUGUAACAACAUGGAUUGUGGGAGUCGUGGUUUUAAUAAGCCUGUGUCUCCUCCUCUGGCCAUGUGGGAGAGAGACAGUCAGGUGAUAGAGCUGGUGAAGGGAGAGGAAGGCCUGGGAUUCAGCAUCCUAGACUACCAGGACCCAGAGGACGACUCCAAGACUGUCCUGGUAAUCCGCUCCCUGGUCCCCCGGUGGCGUGGCCGACUCAGACGGACGCCUGCUGCCCGGUGA